CUCUUGUCCUGAACCUGAAUAUUGAUUUGAGGAGACAUUGACUUUAGCUAACCGUUAAUGAGUUCAAUUCAACUUGAAAGUCGCAUGUAUUUUUAAUUUACAUCGAUGUUUUACGAGUUUAAAUAACCAGGUCAAUCAUGUGCUUAUGAUUGGAUGUGGAGAUUAGAUUCAGUCUGUAAUCAGCUUGUCUCUACUUUCUUGGGAUUUGUUGUGUGUAAUUCAAGUAACAUUAACAACCCUUAACACAUCAACAACUUCCAUUUUUUUCUUCUUUUCUUACUUUACCUUUUCUUAUUGUCUAUUUUGUCUACUCUUUUUUGUUCACUCUUUCUUUUUCUCUUUCUCUUUACUGGUAAACUCGGUCCAACGACACAAUAACAACAUAAAAAUCAAAAAACAAACUUGUGCUUGUCAUCAUAGCCUGUUUAUGUUAUACUGUGUGGACCCAAUUUUCACACCAACCUCCAUCAAUUCUCAUCACUUAAUUUACCUCUGUAUUUUUCUUUAAUUACUGGGAGACGUUGCGGAUGAUUACUGUCCUUGCUGUCAACUCAAUUAUCACUAGAAACAGUUGACCUGUGAUAAAGCCUGUUGAAUAAUUUGUGUCCAUUGCCACUGGACGAUUGAAAAAGCAACGGAAUCUGCAUAUUUAAUAUUUAUAUCAUCGGUAAGCAAUAAUGUCCCAUUUAUCAACUAAUGGAACUGCUCAGUGCCGGGUACUUUAUGACUUUCAAGCUCAACCUGGAACUGGAGAACUGGACAUUUAUGCUGAUGAAAUAUUAACCGUUCUACGGCAAGAUGUUGGUGAAGGAUGGUGGGAAGGGUGUAACAGCCGAGGAGAACAAGGCCUAUUCCCCGCUGGUUAUGUUGAAUUAAUACAAUCGACUAACAACACAACAGAACAUGAUUUUUUCUCACCUGUAACAUCUUCAUCAGUGUCAUCUACUUUUAACCCACCAGUACCUAAUUUUCCACCACCAAGUGGUCCAACAAACAUUGGUCAAAUGCAAGAAAAUAACUAUGACCAAGGAGAUGAUUGGGGCGAUGAAGAUUGGGAUGAUGAUGAUAGUCAAGGAUCAGGUGGUGAUACAAUAGGGGCUGGUGCUGGAAGCGGAUCUGGCUUUGGAUCGGGGCCAAAUCCGGCCCAAAGUUCACUUUCCCUAGCUAGUGGCAAAUCUCAGCUUCCAGUUAAAAAAAGUAUCAAUCGAUUUUCAACUUUUGUCAAAUCAGGAGGAGAAGAUUUUAUCCUAGGUUCUAAGACUCGCAAGGUUCCCUGUGAUGCUUACAUUUAUAUUAUUGAAACUUCAUCAAAUGAAAUUAUGUGGGCACCAGCUAAAUCAGAAUAUUAUUGUACCAUUACUGCACCGAAAAAGGAGAGCAAACUGAAAGGCCUUAAAACAUAUACAGCUUACAAGUUGACGCCAAGUUUUAAUAAUAUUAUGGUUAGUCGGAGAUAUAAACAUUUUGACUGGUUAUAUGGAUGUUUAACCGACAAAUUCAUGGCCAUCCCAAUUCCAUGGUUACCUGCUAAACAAAUCAGUGGGCGUUUUUCAGAAGAAUUCAUUGAACAUCGUAAAAUUCAGCUGCAAUUGUGGGUAAAUCGUAUAUGUCGGCAUCCAGUAAUUUCCCAGGCUGAUGUUUGGAUGCAUUUUAUAACUUGUACAGAUGAUAAAAAACGCUGGAAAACCGGUAAACGUCGCGCAGAGAAGGAUGAGUUCACCGGAGGCUCAUUUUUUUAUACUCUUCAACCUCCCACAGUGCCUUUGGAAGUCACAUUUGUUGAAUCAAGAACUGAAUCAUUCGGUAAAUUUGUCAAAAAAAUGGAUGAAUCAAUUCAAUUUAUGUCCGAUGUUGUUAUUGACCAGUGCCGAAAAUAUUCUGGAGCAUAUAAGAAAGAAAUGCAAAAAAUAAGCAUAGCCUUAAAUUCGUUCGCUUCUGCCUAUGAUACAAGUGAUUAUAUUGAUCAUCAAUUAAAUGAAGCUAUCCGUGGUACCGGAGAUACUUUCGAUAGAAUUGCCAAAAUGUAUGAAGAACAACCUAAAUAUGAUUUCGAACCAUUAUCUUAUGUUCUCCAUGAAUACAAGGGCAUUUUAUCCGCCUGGCCAGAGAUAUUAGAUUUAAAUAAACAAGCCUUAGGACGCAAGAAAGAUUACCUUAGGUUACGAGAUGAAGGCAAAGCUGAAGACAAAGUAGUUGAAUCAGUGUCCCAAAGAGCUGAUGUCGUCUCAUAUGCUAUGUUGGCAGAAAUAAAUCAUUUCCAAAAGGAGCGAAUUUCAGAUACAAAGCAAAUGAUGAAAAGUUUUGUCCAAGCCCAAUUGGAAUUUUAUCAAAGAAUAUCCAACGAACUAAGUGAAGCCUUAAAAAUGUACGAUUGAAAAUCAUGCAUAUCAUUAUAUCAGAUUAUCAUUUUGUUUUUAAUGACUAACAUCAUUAAUUGGCCUUCAAACGUUUAAGAAUCAAUUUGAUAACUUUCUAUACAAAAGUGAUUGAUGUAAAUAUUAUAUACAAUAGGGUAAUCGAUAAGUUUUUAAUCGAUAGAUUUGUAAAAGGGUGUAACACGAGAGACGAGUCAAAAUGAAGGUAUAAAAAAAAUGAAUCAACUUACCAAAAUCCCUUUUAAUCAAACUUGAAUCAUCCAUUGAUGAAUUAAUGUCAAUGUAUCAUCCAAUUUAUUAUUUACUUUUCACGAUUAAUUUAAAUCUAUUCAAAUCAAAUACCACUGUGGAUUUCAAGUGAAUUUACUUUAUAUUUCUCAAAUUGUGUAUUUGGCUCUUUUCAUGUGUUACACCUUUAUUUUUUAUCAUAUAUAUUGUCUAUUGAAAAAUGAAAAUAUCUUUUUUUAAAAGCACUAAAUCACUUUGUACAUUUUAUUUCACCUGAUUUUAUCAAAAAUAAUGAUCAAAUAUAUUGUGGUUGAUGUCAUUCAAGACUAUAAUGAUUAAUGAUUGUCCAAUAACUGGCAUUUUCAGAUAUUCAAUGAAAAGAGUCUUAAGAGUCCUUUCAA